ACGGAGACUUUGAUGAUGAGGAAAAGGGCCGUCUGCAGCUCUGUGAACCUGAGCGCCUUAACCGCCCUCAGCUGGUGGAGCUUCUCCACCGGCCCCACCUCCCUCCUCCCCUCUCUGAGCACUCAGGUGAGCCACACCUUGUUGUGGUUCAGAAACACACAAAGCAGAUCCUGCUCCCUCUUUCACUCUUUUCUUUUCGCUGAGCUGAAGAGACGCUUUUGUUCUCCUGAAAAGCUUCACCUGAGAACCAUGGCAGAGGGAAACGUCCUGAAAUACCUGGUUUUUGGCUUCAACUUCCUCUUCUGGCUGGCAGGAACCGGCGUGCUGGCCGUGGGCCUUUGGCUUCGCUUUGACUCCAAGACCAAAUCCUUGUUUGAAGUGGAGGAAUCACCGACUGUCUUCUUCACUGGCGUCUACAUCCUGAUCGCCGCGGGGGCUCUCAUGAUGGUGGUGGGCUUCCUGGGAUGCUGUGGAGCCAUCAAAGAGUCCACGUGCAUGCUGGGACUGUUUUUCGUCUUCCUCCUCCUCAUCCUGACUGUGGAGGUGGCUGCAGGGAUCUGGGGGCUCUCCAACAAAGACAGAGUGGUGGAGGACCUAACUCAGUUCUACAAGGAGACGUUCUCCAACUAUCAGACCACCAAGCAGGAGGCGCUGAAGGAGACGCUGCGUGGCAUCCACUUUGGGCUGAACUGCUGCGGUCCAACAGGGACGGUCUUUGAUGGCGCCAAUGACAUCUGUCCCAAGAAGGAGGGGCUGGACAUCCUCGUCACCACGAGCUGCCCCACCGCCAUCGACGGCAUCUUCAACAACAAGCUGCACAUCAUCGGAGGAGUCGGGAUCGGCAUCGGAAUCGUCACGAUCUUUGGGAUGAUCUUCAGCAUGAUUCUCUGCUGCGGCAUCAGGAAGUCCAGGAACUACAUGUAAACCAAACAAAGCUCCACCUUUUAACCGGUCUAACCUGGUCAGUCAGCCGCUCGGACCUUCAGGCCUGGGGGGGGGCGCGGAGCUCCCGCAGCGACGGCCUUCUGCCACCAUCUGUGGGGGUGUGUACUCGUUGUUUUAAUUUAAACCAACAUUCAAGUAAAAUGUAAAUUUUCUGUAAUGAAGCCAAACCGAGCAGCUUUCCCACUGAAGGAUUAAAGACCCCCCCCCCCCCCCCCCCCCCCCCCAGCUGACGUUCCCGUUUUCUUUACCUUUUUAAAAUCUGUAACGUGUAAUAUUUCAGUUCUGUUAUUUGCACUUAAAGUUUGAUCUGUGGACUCAUCGUUGGUUAGCAGCAAAGUCUUUUAUUUUGAAGCUUUGAUUUUCAUUUUUUUAAUGCAGAACUGUGGCGUUUUAUGCAAAUAUUUACAUGAAUGCAGUUGACGUCUUUAAGAUGCCAAAUAAACGAACUAAUAAAACAUUUGUGUUAAA